GGUACCCUGAUUGACAGCCCGGGCGUCCUAAAAAAAGGCGGCGGAGGGAGAGAUGCUUAUCGCUGGGUUUAUAUAGCGGGGGAGCCCGGCGGUGCCGGCAGCAGCAACCGGAGCAGCAGCAGCAGCAUCGGGAGGCGGCCGUGGGUGCCCAUGCCCGCCCGGCCGCGGGUCCCGCAGCCCCGCAGAGCCCCGGGGCCGGCCCCGCCAUGCAUAGCCAGCCCCAGCCCCGGCCCCAGCCCCGGCUCCGGGCGGCCAGGAGGCGCUACAAGACCUUUAUGAUCGAUGAGAUUCUCUCCAAGGAAACCUGCGAUUACUUCGAGAAACUUUCUCUUUACUCCGUCUGUCCGUCUCUGCUGGUUCGGCCCAAACCGCUGCACUCCUGCGCCGGCUCCCCUUCUCUGAGGACGUAUCCCCUCAUCUCUGUCAUCACCAGGCAGCCCUCCCUGGUCCCUCACCUCAUCCCAGCUGCCACCAGCUCCCGUGGGUUGCCAGCCCAGAGCUCCUCAGGCUCUGCCAGCUCGGAGGCUCCCACCAGCGAGCCCCAGGCCAGCAGCGAGUCGGAAGCGGAGCAGCCGACCCCGCGGUUAAAAAAGCCACGUCGGAGCAGAACCAUCUUCACUGAGCUCCAGCUGAUGGGCUUGGAGAAGAAAUUCCAGAAGCAGAAAUAUCUCUCUACCCCUGACAGGCUUGACCUAGCCCAGUCGUUGGGGCUGACCCAGCUCCAGGUGAAGACGUGGUACCAGAACCGUAGGAUGAAGUGGAAGAAGAUGGUACUGAAAGGUGGACAGGAGGCUCCAACAAAGCCCAAAGGACGUCCAAAGAAAAACUCCAUUCCCACCUCAGAGGAGAUUGAAGCAGAAGAGAAAAUGAACAGCCAGGCUCAGAGUCAGAGUCAGGAGGGAUCUCAAGCCCCCGAGGAGCCUGAAUUGAUAGAGGAGAAGCCAGAAGUCUCCUUGGAGACAGAGAAGCCUCCAGAACAUGUAGCAGAGCCCUACUCAGAGGAGACUACACCAUUAAGUUAAAAGGGAAAGCAAGGAGGGAAAAGG